CCUCCAGAGCGGGGAUCCCACCCUCGUCAACCCUUGCACCCUCGUCAAAGAUUGAUUUGAUCUGAUUUGCUUUGUUUGUUCCCAUGCCCUGCUUCUCUCUCUCGUCAGUCCCUUUCUUUGAUCUCUCUCGCUCGGCGCUGGAACGGCGGCGGAGGAACGGCGGGUGUUGGCUGCUCGUGGUUUGGUCGGGAUCUCGGGGAGGAGAUGGCGGAGCAGCAGGAGCGCCGGCCGCGGAUCGUGGAGGGAGAUGGCGGAACGGCGUGCCGGGCGCGGGCCGUGGAGGGAGAUGGCGGUGCAGCAGGCGGGCGGCGGCACAAAGUGCUCUUCCCGUCGCGAUGCAGAGAAGAGAAGGGAAGGGGGUGGGCGAGGCGGGUGUCUUCGAUUAGGGAUUUGGGUGGUGGAGGACAGGUGAGUGGCGACAGAAGAAGACGAAGAAGCUGCAGAGCCCAGACACAACAAAAAAUCAAAAAUGGCGAGAUCCUCCUCCUUCCUCUCUCCUCACACUUCCCUCGUCUUCGUAUGCCCUGCCAUCGCCAUGUCUCUAAUCCUUCUCCAUAAACCCUAACCUCUUCCUCCCCUCUCUCCCCGAAUUCGCCCUCUUUACCCCCUCCCAUCUGUUCUCUCACGCCACCGACCUCGGUUCCGAAAGUGGGCCGGUUAGCCGGUUAACCGGCGGUUAUCGCCCUCGGUUAGCCGGUUAACCGCGAUGCCUAACUCCCCUACCGAACACCGCCCGAGAACAUAAUUUUCUGUUAGUCGGUUAACCGGCAAUCGAUAACCGAACCUCCAGCCCUAGUGAUUAAAAUAAUUAGUAUGGU